AUCACAGCCAUGGGGGAAGCUGGCCUGUCAUUAGAGGAGAAGUACCACCUCAUCACCAGGAACCUACAGGAAGUUCUUCAGGAGGAGAAGCUGAAGGAGGUUCUGAAGGAGCGAGAUGUGAAGGUUUACUGGGGCACGGCCACCACGGGCAAGCCUCAUGUCGCCUACUUUGUACCCAUGUCUAAGAUCGCCGACUUUCUUAAGGCAGGGUGUGAGGUGACCAUACUGUUUGCAGACCUCCAUGCAUACCUGGAUAACAUGAAGGCUCCCUGGGAGCUGCUGGCACAGAGAGUGAUAUACUAUGAGACUGCCAUUAAGGCCAUGUUACAGUCCAUCGGUGUGCCUCUGGACAAGCUCAAGUUUGUCAGAGGAACCGAUUACCAGCUCAGUAGAGAAUACACACUGGAUGUGUACAAACUGACCUCUCUUGUUACUGAGCAUGAUGCAAAGAAGGCAGGUGCAGAGGUAGUGAAGCAGGUGGACCACCCUCUGCUCAGUGGACUGCUGUACCCAGGCCUGCAGGCCUUGGAUGAGGAGUACCUGAAGGUUGAUGCCCAGUUUGGUGGUGUUGACCAAAGGAAAAUCUUCACCUUUGCAGAGAAGUACCUACCAUCACUAGGCUACACUAAGAGAAUCCAUCUGAUGAACCCCAUGGUACCAGGCCUGACUGGCUCUAAGAUGAGCUCCUCUGAGGAGGACUCUAAGAUUGACCUCCUGGACGCUGCUUCAGCUGUUAAGAAGAAGCUUAAGAAGGCGUUCUGUGAGCCUGGGAAUGUGACGGACAACGGGGUGCUGUCCUUCGUCAAGUUUGUCCUGUUGCCUCUCUCAGAAAAUGGAGAGUUCACAGUGGAAAGAAAGCCAGAGAAUGGUGGCAGUGUCACCUUUAAGGACUAUGAGUCACUAGAGAAGGCUUUUGCUGAGCAGAGUAUCCAUCCUGGUGACCUGAAGCCUGCCGUAGAGCGUGAGUUGAACAGACUGAUGGAGCCUGUCCGACAGGUGUUCCAGACACCUGACAUGAAGGCCCUCAUCAGCAGGGCAUACCCACCACCACCCAAGAAGAAGGGAGGACAAGUGGCUAAUGCAGCAAGUGAGGAAAUUUCCCCAGUCAGGUUGGACCUGAGAGUUGGGAGAAUUAUCAGUGUGGAAAAGCACCCAGAUGCAGACACCCUGUAUGUAGAGAAGGUGGACCUUGGUGAGGAGCAGCCCAGGACUGUGGUCAGCGGCCUGGCCGGUCUGGUUCCCAUGGAAACGCUGCAGGACUACCUUGGGGUGUUCCUCUGUAACCUGAAGCCUCAGAAGAUGAGAGGCAUCCAGUCACAGGCCAUGCUCAUGUGUGCUUCUAUAGAUGACCCCAGGUGUGUUGAACCCCUGGUGCCACCAGAGGGCUCUGCUGUUGGUGACCGGGUAUUCGUAGAGAACUACAACACUGGAAGUCCAGACGAGAGGCUCAACCCAAAAAAGAAAAUCUGGGAAAAAUUACAGCCGGACAUGAAGACAUCUGAGGAGUGUGUUGCCCAGUGGAGUGGUAAUCCCAUCAUGACCAAGCUAGGACUAGUUAAAUCUAAAAGUAUGAAAAAUGCACCAAUUAAGUAGAUAGCCAAUGAAAAAAUCCAAAAUUAAAAAAUAUGUGCAUCACAAGCAGACUAUAAGUGAUGAGUGUAACUUAAGCCUUUUUUGUCAGAAUCCCAAUUGCACAAAUGGUAAACUGUCAAUUGUUAAUAGAUAGACAUUACCUUGCCUUUGGGCAACACCUUUGCUUGAAAGUGACUCUGGACUAAGAAGACAUUUCAAAAUCUCGGGUUUCAAAAAUUUCCAAUCUCUUGCUUACAAGAUUUUUUACCAAUUAGUUAUGAUUAACUGUUCCUAGUACAUGUCUUAAACAAUAAGAGUUGCAACAAAUUACAUGUAUCUGCCUUGAUUCCUAUCAAACUGUUAGUAGAUACAUGUACCUGAACAGAAGGCAGAUAGAAGCUUAUCUGCUUAUGUCAAGCUAUGAUGACUGUUUUAAUUCAGAGUUGUUUCAGUAUUUAAAAUGAUUUAAACAUGUACGUUGUAAGUCACGUGAAUGACAUCGAUGUCUACCUUGCCAUGCCUCUGUCAUACAGCUUUAUGUCUUUGUUUUGUCACAGUUCUUGUAUACAUAUAUUUAAUGUAAUAUUAUCGGAUAUUAAAAAAUUGUUCAUACUUGUUUGUGAGAACUACAAAAAGGCCAUUGAAAUUAAAUAUUAUUUUGGCCCUUAUAAGAUAUUCAUAUGUUUCAGACAUAGCUUCAAAGCUUUGUACCAAUGUAUUGUUCAGAAUCUACAUAAGUUUGUGAUUUGCACAUAUUUUUGGAAAUCAUGUGCUUCAAAUUGGAACAAAGGUUUGUUGCUCUAUUGAUAUUGCUUAUCAUUCACUGAAAAUUUAAAGUAAGAAGUAUAUUUUCAUGCUGCACUGACAAAACACAUGUAUGAGUUCUUUCCUUGUAAGAGAAUGACUCGGAAACUGCAAAUAAAGACCACAUAGAUCAGUA